UCUGAACUCUUCAUUUUGUUGGAGCAGAAUUGCAGCUCGAGUACACCACCGGAUGUUAUAGCACCCCAUACCAUCACAUUUCCGCCUCCAAAAUUUCGUCGGGGGAAAACUCGACGUUCUUUACAAGACCAAUCAGUUGCCAUAUUUUUACUAGCGAAUUCCAUACGAGCGACUUUGUGGCGUGGCAAAAGACAUGGAGCUGGUACCAUUCUACCGUACUCGAGCUGCUUAGUGCGUUUUAAAGCCCUCCAAAUUGUUUGCCGAUUUACGGGAACUGAACAUUUUGUUGCUAGCUUCUGGCAACUAAUAGUUGAAUUACUAGCGACACGUGCAAUUAUUCUUUCAUCGCGACUGGUCAAUUUUCUUUUCCGCCCGCCUGCCUUUUUGAUCCCGUAUUCAUCUUAUUUUCGUAAAAAACAAGAAACCAGCCCGUGGGAUCUUCCAAUCUUCGAAGCAAUAUCGCGUAUACCGAAACCUUGCUCAACUAGAACCGUAAUUCGACCCUUUUCAAAUUCGUUCAAUGGUUUACCGCGAGGCAUAUCGACGAGAAUAUUCAUUAGUAAGCAAUCAAAAAUAAGUAAUGACAUUUAC